CUGUAGGCCUACUACUACCGCUCACGCUUCAGGUAUUGAUCGUGUUUCGCACACGCUCUCCCUCUCUCCGACACUCACGCACAUCGACCUGCUUGUCUGGAUGGUCUGGAAUCUUGGCCAGCAGAUCUGAUACAAGUCUUGGAGAGGCAGUAUGGUGUGCUCGGUGACCGUAUAAACAGGAUGCAGGCAAAGAUUGCCAAGAAAUGAAAGAGACGAUAGUUUGCUUGCAUCUCUGGCUCUGGGUUAUUCUAGGUCAAGAACGGUUAGAUUUGUGCGCAACAGUGUGACCCAAGGCUGUUAGAUAUUCGGUUCAGAAUGCAGAAUGCUUUCUGUCAUGACAACUUCCAUCGCAGCAGUCGUCGUGGCUCUGUUUUGCUGUAUUACUUGCUCUGUGGAAUCUCUAGUAAAAAAAAUUCAAGUUCCCGUUAAUAAUCAAAGUAGUUGUUCCUUUGGUGUUGACCUGAAUAGUGUAACAGAAGUUUACUCACUGGACCUGAAAACAGAUGACUGUGAACGAUGCAAAGAGGAGUCUUCAUGCACUUCGCUUGAUGAAAGAAAGUGUGAUGUUGAGUUCAGGUUUAAGAAUGAUGAAUUCCUCAAAGCUGAGUACAAGGUCUGCGUAGAGAUGCCAGAGUGCCCUUCAAGUGUAAUGAUUAAGACAGUUAAUGAUAAUGGCACGGCUCCGCUCCAGCCUCCAAUUUGUCCCAGCGAACUUGGUCAACCCACAAAGACAUGCACUGAGGAUGGUGGAAUUGUACUAACGUUCAAGAACCAUGACUUUUGUCAAGUAAACAGCUCUGCCACAAUCACUGUAGAAAAAAAACGGAAAGAGGCCAUUUCGUUGAGAGACAAGUGUUCAAAAGGCAUACGUUUGAUACGGUCAAAAAGUGGAAUGGUCAUGUCACAUUAUGGCGAGAUGGAACAGCUUGACAGUCCUUCUUUCUGUAAUCUCACAGUGGCUCACUUUAUUUCUCUUAUGGAUGAUGUGGCAAGGAUCUGUUUCACAUUUCUCAGUGCACAUUUCCCUGUUGGUGGUGCUGGGCUUCUUGUUGAACCCUCUGCAUUAUAUGGCCAAAGAGAAUUCAACCACACGUCGAAACCAAACGUUGGAAAGGAGUACUGUAUACUUAUCUUGGGCUUCACAGAAGCAGAGUUAAAAAUAAAGCCUUGUAAGAACAGCCAGAAGUGUGAAGGAAAUGGCUACCGUCACUCAUUUCUUCUCAAGUAUAGCUUCAAUGUGACGAAAAGGAAUUAUAAUCGGAACCCAGACUACCCUAAAUCAAGCUACCCUGGUGAAAAAGAGGAUGUUGAUGCAGAUGAAGACGACAGUGAUGGCUUGGUUACAAAAAUCAUCAUUGUGGCUGUGUUGACUUUUCUGUUCAUUCUGUUCAUUAUUUAUUACAUGUGUAUAAAAGGCAAAGGCAGCCUUACUAAGAGGUACUCCCGUGAGGGAGAUAAUACUUCCAACAGAAAAGGAGGUAACAGUGCGCAAAUGCGACCUUUCUACAACAGAGAUCCAUUAGCAAGUCAAACACCACUUGUAUCCUACAAUGCCACACAGUCUGCUGCGAUGGAUACACCCCUCAACACCACAGCAGAUACCAGCGUCAACCAGCUAGUAGAACCUUCGGCAGCAGACACAACUGUGGAAGUAGCAAUAGCCUGUCCGCGGUCAAACUCACGUUCUGACAAGCUGACGGUUGAAGAGCCAGAGGCUGGACCAUCUCAUGCGUCUGCUCCUCCUCUUAAUGAUGUCACAGAUCUGAAUGACCAAAGCAGCUCAGUUCUGCCUCCAUCACAAGUUCCCCCUCCCCCAGUAUACUCUGAUUUGUUCCCUGAUAAAAAAUAGUUGUUCUCAGAAGCAGAAUGACUGGUUCUUCACUAAAGAAAAACAUUUUCUCUCACUCAGAAGUACAUUGCAGGUUUAUCCCAGAAACAAAUUGACUGUUUCAUUCUUUUUCUUCCAAUAACCAUCCACCAGGCCAGCUUGGUUGCCCACUAAGACCUGGGGGAGACCUUGAUUACCGAGGCAGCGUCUCAGCUCGUAUGGGAUUCUAUUAUUUGUGAAUAGCUUCUAAAACUGGUGGUUCUGUGAUUUUCCUUCCAUCCCAGGGUAGGAGAUAAAGCAGUGGCUGUAGGUGCAAUGCCACAAACAAAAACCCAACUCCAUCACAGAC